AUGUUUAGAAUUAAAAACAAUUUAUUAAAUAUUACAAAUAUAUUGCGUCGUCAACAAGUAGAAAUCCAAGCCUUGAAAAUAUGUCAAUAUCCGCGAACACAAUACAAGGUGCAAGUGCGGGAGCCAUGCCCACCCAAGCCACCUCCACCCCCUCCUAAACCCAAGGAUGACACCGCAUUCUGGGGUGCAUUGACUGUUAUUUGUAUUACCGGUGCAUUUGCAGUAAUCGCGAAGCGUUCGCCAGAAAUUCGCGACUGGCUUAUAAUAUACGCUCCUUGGUUCGACGAUUUCAUUGCUAUCGCGUAUGAGGAGAACAUGACGUACGGUGAAUUUGCGCGGAAAUGCGUCGAAGACGUUAAGAAUUUUGUUUAUACAACAAUAAAAGACGAUAACAAACCUCAGCCUUGUUCCAUGGACCAGUCUCAGAAACCUGUAAUCCCGAUUACACCCCAACCAGAAGUCGAGGACAAAAAAGGUGAAUCCGUAGACCCCGAUAAACCGAUAUGUGUCGAUAAACCUGAACCGAUUGUUGUCACAAAAACAACCUGUGAAAUAGUUGAUCGAUUAAAAGAUCUCGGUAAUGAAGCCUUGAGUAAUUAUUAUACGGCUUCAACGGCAUGCUCCCUUUAUAACCAGAUUGUCGCUGAAACGAUGCAAAACUUCUCAAUACCAACUCUAAAGGAAUUACGCAACCACAUGAUUGAACGGUUGAAUUUAGUUACCGAAUCAAUACAAAAAGCAGAGCAAGCGACCGCUGAUAUCGAGGAUUUGACACGUUACCUGGAGUGCGGAUUAAAAGGCACAAAAGAGGAGGUGGAGAACACGAUGACCCUUAUGAAAGAUUACUUGCAACAAAUAAAAACGUCUUGCAUAUUAUAUCAGUGGGAGAAUGACAAGUCUAUCGUCUUGGACGAUCAGUGGCAAAAGGUAGAACAUUUAAUAGACAAAUACGCGGGUGAAAAUGAGACAAUGUUUCCGGAAAUUAAAUAUGAGCAGAAUAAAUUGCAAUUUCAAGGAGAUCUAGAUCUAUUGUUGUAUCAUACGAAUCGUUACACUCAACAAUUGAUAGUGGAACUAAAAGAAGCCGUGGUCGGAAUGACCGAUAGAGUUAGUAGGGCCUUUGAAACUUUACCUCAAGGCGAUAACGAAAGGAAAAAUAGAGAAUCCAUGAUGCAGAGUGUUCUGAAACAGAAAAGAACCGAGCUCGAUAACGAAUUUAAAAAACGACAAAAUGAUCAAAAACUUGCAAAUGAUAAGUUACUAAAGGAUUCGCUAAAGAAGCAACUAGAGCGACACCAAGAAAUUAUGGACGCUAAAUUGAAAGAAAAAGAGGAAGAGGCGACAUCAAGAUUAAAUAAACUUGUUUCUGAAAAAGUUGCAUUCGAAAAGAAAAUGUUCGCAAAGCAACUGAGCGAAAUGGCAGAAAAAUUGAAAGACGUUGAGGAUAAACUUAAUGUUCGUUUGAAAGCGGAGAGUGAGACGAAACGUUCACAAGACCUUUGGAUAGCAGGUUCAUCUUUAUUGGCUGCUACUAAAAAAGGCGAGCCGUACGUCAAUGUUAAUAAAGAGCUGAAUGCUAUUGAAAAAGCAGCGGGAGCUGGAGAUCAAUUAGUUACAACUGUAUUAAAAGCUGUACCAGAGUCUAUUAGAGAAAAUGGUUUAGUACCGGAAAGUGUCUUGAAAGCGAAAUAUCACCAGAUGGAAAAAAUUGCCUUGAAAGUUGCACUUAUCGAACAAGAUGGAGCGCCAUUGCCAGUUUAUUUUCUGUCUUGGUUGCAGUCAACUUUAUUGUUCAUGAAGAUAUCAGGUAUUCCGCAGGAGGAGGUGGACAAAAUGCCGGAGGAACCAUUCAAGGAUUUGGACACUUUCGAUUUGUUGCAAAGAGCAAGAUUUUGGAUGGAGCGAGGUAACUUAGCUGCGGCUAUUCGAUACGUGAACUCUCUAGAGGGUGCUUCAAAGGCUGCAGCGGCUUCUUGGUACGACGCCGCGCGGUCUCAUCUCGAGACGAGACAAGCUGCUGAGGCUGUUAUCGCACACGCAGCGGCUAUAGGAGUACAGUAUAUAUAAUCUGUGCAUUUUCUCCAUUUUUAAAUGUGUUUAUUUAGUGAAUUAGCUUAGCAACUUUUUAUCGAACA